UGUGUUCCCCGCGGGCGUCAUCUCGGCCUCUCCGCCCGCCUGGACCCUGCCCCUGGGUUAGGUCGCCAACAUGAGUGGCCACAACUUGGAAGGACACGACGAGUUUGACGAGCAGCUGCGAAUGCAAGAAUUGUACGGAGACCCCAAGGGCGGUGACACCCAGAAGGAGCCGGGCGGUGAAAACGACACCUUCGGCCAGCCGCCGGCGGACACCCCCUACGAGUGGGACCUGGACAAGAAGGCUUGGUUCCCCAAGAUCACUGAAGAUUUCAUCGCUACGUAUCAGGCCAAUUAUGGCUUUUCUAGUGAUGGUGCAUCCAGCUCUUCUGCAAGUGUGCAAGAUGUGAGUGGUAGGACUGGAGAGGAACCGCCACAAAGAAAAACCCCUGAACCCAGUGAUUCCAAAAAGCGGGGAGAAAAAAGAAAGACCGAGUCAGGAUGGUUUCAUGUUGAAGAAGACAGAAAUACAAAUGUUUAUGUGUCUGGUUUGCCUCCAGACAUCACAGUGGAUGAAUUUAUACAGCUCAUGUCCAAAUUUGGCAUUAUUAUGAGAGAUCCUCAAACAGAAGAAUUUAAGGUCAAGCUUUACAAAGAUAAUCAAGGAAAUCUUAAAGGUGAUGGGCUAUGCUGUUAUUUGAAGAGGGAAUCUGUGGACCUCGCUUUGAAGCUCUUGGAUGAAGAUGAAAUUAGAGGCUACAAAUUACACGUUGAGGUUGCAAAGUUUCAACUGAAGGGGGAAUAUGACGCUUCAAAAAAGAAGAAGAAGUGCAAAGACUACAAGAAGAAAUUGUCUCUGCAGCAGAAGCAGUUGGAUUGGAGACCUGAGAGAAAAGCCGGACCAUCUCGAAUGCGCCAUGAGCGAGUUGUCAUCAUCAAAAAUAUGUUUCAUCCUAUGGAUUUUGAGGAUGAUCCAUUGGUGCUGAAUGAGAUCAGAGAAGACCUUCGAGUAGAGUGUGCAAAGUUUGGACAAAUUAGGAAGCUCCUUCUCUUCGAUAGACACCCAGAUGGAGUGGCCUCUGUGUCCUUCAGGGAUCCAGAGGAAGCUGAUUAUUGCAUUCAAACACUUGACGGACGAUGGUUUGGUGGCCGUCAAAUCACAGCAGAAGCUUGGGAUGGGACUACAGAUUAUCAGGUGGAAGAAACCACAAGAGAAAGGGAGGAAAGGCUGAGAGGAUGGGAGGCUUUCCUCAAUGCUCCUGAAGCCAACAGAGGCCUUCAGCGUUCAAAUUCUGUCUGUGCUUCAGAAAGGGCAGGACCUUCCAGAGUGAGGCAUUUUUCCGAGCACCCUAGCACAUCUAAAGCGAAUGCUCAAGAAGCCAUAAGUGACAUGGCAUUUGAAGAACCUGUAGAGGAAAAGAAAUUUGGAAAAGUAGAAGAUGGAGAAUUUGAAGAAGAUGCAUCAGGAAAAAAUCCUAAAGAAGCUGGCCCUGAAAAGGUGGCUGAAGUAAGUUAUCCCCCCAAAAAACUUGAAGAAGGCUGCCUCGAGAAUCAGUCUGAGGAAGCCUGCCUCAAAAGAAAGCAUGAUGAAGACGGCCCUGGAAGAGAAUCUGGAGAAAGCAGCGUGGGAAAAGAGUUUAAAGAUGGCAGUCCUAAAAAGGAAGCUAAGGAGAAUGGUCCUGAAAAGGAAUCAGAAAAGAAGAGACUCAAGAAUGAUUAUGAGGAGAAUGGCCUUGAAAAGGGGUUUGAAGAAGGUAGCCCUGACAAGGAGGGGAAAGAGAGCAGCUCCCCAAAGGAGUCUGAAGAAGAUGUCUCAGAAGGAGACUCUGAAGACUGCUGUGAAAAGCAUUUUGAAGGUGGCUCUGAGAAAGAAUUUGAAGAGAAUGGUCUCGGAAAAGAUUUUGAUGAAGAUGACGCUGACAAAGAUUUUAAUGAAAAUGUUCUUGAAAAAGAGCUAGAAGAAAAUGACUCUGCAAGAUCAGAAUUUGAUGAUGACAGCUCUGAAAACAUGUUAGAUGAGGAAGGCUCUGAGAGAGACUUUGACCAAGAGUCGGAGGAAAAGGAAGAGGAGGAGGAUACAUAUGAGAAGGUAUUUGAUGAUGAAUCUGAUGAAAAAGAGGGUGAAGAAGAUGCAGAUGAAAAGGAGGAAGAUGCAGAUGAAAAGCUGUUUGAAGAGUCAGACGAAAAGGAGGAUGAAGAUGUAGCCAUAAAGGAAGAUGAAGACGCCGACGACAAGUUGUAUGCAUUCGAAGACGAUGAUUCCAGUGAGAAGCUGUUUGGCGACUCUGAUGAGAGAGGGAGUGUAGGUGGUGUGGGGGACCCUAAGGAAGAAGGCCCCCUGUCCACAGGCAGCAGCUUUGUCCUCAGUAGUGAUGACGACGACGAUGACGACAUUUAACCCCUUCAACGUGCUUUUUAGGGAAGACUCCUCCAUCUCCAUCUUGCCUGUUAGUCAGGGUAAUCACAGUAGUGUCACAUGAACAUGUGCAUAGGGGUAGAGCGCCGUCAGAUUAAUGUAUUGAUGUUUUCAUUGUACUUCAUGAUUUUAAAUACAUGUUAAGUGGCUGUUCAGUUAAAACUUCAUAGUUACAGUGCAAAUAAACUGGAUACAUGUCCUUUGUCGGAUUUGUUAAAUGCAUGCAGAAUAAUAUUUUUUAAAAGUAUUCUGAUUGAAGUUUGUGAUAUUCAGAAAUAAAAAUUAAGUUGUUAAUAUGCAGACAGUGAAAACUGGCCUUGAGUUAAAUUGCUGCUAUUGCUUUAUUCAUACUAAAAUUUGGUUUUUCUAAUAGAGGACUAGAAACAUCCCAUAGGGGUCUCUUUGCUUCCAGCUUAUGUUAGCACUUAUUUCCCCAUUUCCCUGCUAUAAGCCAGGUGUUACCAAACUUCUAGAGUAAGUAACACUUUGGAGUUUUCCCUUAGCCAGUCUUUGCAAGUUACUUUUGUUUGCUGCCCUCUUUCUAUGAACAUUGACCCUUGGAUGUGCAAGAGUGAACUUCCUGCAUAUAUGCAGGAAGACAUUAGAAUUAAAUCAUGUACUGUUUGGACCCUUUUACAAGUUGAUUAAAGUUAAGGAACCUCCCCUCAGAAAUCUGUAUGCACCCACUACACAACUUUUGGUAUACAGUUUGGGGAGGGCCUUGGCACCUGGAACAGGCACUCCAACUUAAGAACUGCUUUUGUCAUUCGUACUUCAGUGUUUUGUUCUAGAGUCAAGGUGCCCAGAACUGUGCUGAGUUGUGUAGUCCCAGUGCAAUUCGGGUCUUGUUUAUGCUUUCCAAAUUCAGUAUUGAUGAAUUGACUUCUGAUGUAGAAUUAAGAAGUUACUCAUAAAUUCGAAGUAUUAUAAAAUAAACUGC